AUGCACUCGCUAUUCAUCACAUCUACACUACUCUUUUCUGGAGCGUUUGCCCUGAUCACGCCCCCUUCACUAGAGUCGGGCAACGGUACCAGAGAUGGCGGAAACAGCACCGGAAAUAAGGGCAGCAGCAUUACCAUCAACAUCAGCAGUAACAGCACCAACAACGGGACUCAAAACAGUACCGACAAUGGAGCCAGCAUAAGCAUGAGCAUCAGCGUCAGCACCAGCGGUCCCAGCACCGCUACCAUCGACAGUCCCAGCACCGCUACCAUCGACAGUCCCAGCACCGCUACCAUCGACAGUCUCAGCACCAGCACCAGCGAUCCCAGCACCGCCACCAUCGACAGCCCCAAAUCCGGCCCCAGCAAUCUCUUCCGGCCCCCGAACCCCGAACUGUUCGCGCCCGCGGGCCCCGACGAGACGUGCAGGACCCCGACGGGCGGGGCCCUCGGCCCGGGCGUCUUUUGCUACUGCCACGGACACCUCGCCUUCAACAGCAUGAUCGACGCGGCCAUCGACGAGGCCUGCGACAGCUGGCACAACCUGACGCUGUACCGCAGCGAGCAGGUCGCGUACGUCAAGCGCAUCACCACGGUCAAGCCCGUGUACCUGUGGAUGAUCAACAACUGCGUGCGGGAGCGGAGGGAGGCCGUCGUGGACCGCGAAAGGUGCAAGGCGGCGAUGCAGGUCAUCAGGAGGAGGUGCCAGUGGCCGUACUGGCAGCAGAGGGGAGGGCACGUCACCAUGAAUCUCGACUACGAGAUUGGGCAGGAGCCGGACAAGUGCCUCAUGGCUAGGCUGGACGUUGAGGAUCAGUGA